UCAUCACCCAGAUCGCCCAGCCCUGCAGAGAAGAGGGUUGCCAGGGGUUCUGCUACUGCUACAAACACCCCCAGCUCAGCUACCAUGAAGGAUUUGAGGGCAGAGGAGCAGUUGGUGGUGAGUCUUGGCAGCAACAGCAGCUUUUGCAACUCGUUGGCCCCUUUAGAUCUCUCUUUUUAGAAAAAAAGAUGGGAAUUUAAGAAGUUUCCUUGUACUGAGUCAGAUGUAAUUUGUUAUUUAGUCGUGUCCGACUCUUCGUGACCCCAUGGACCAGAACAUGCCAGGCCCUCCUGUCUUCCACUGCCUCCUGCAGUUUGGUCAGACUCAUGUUUGUAGCUUCGAGAACACUGUCCAACCAUCUCGUCCUCUGUUGUCCCCUUCUUCUUGUGCCCUCCAUCUUUCCCAACAUCAGGGUCUUUUCCAGGGAGUCUUCUCUUCUCAUUAGGUGGCCAAAGUACUGGAGCCUCAGCUUCAGGAUCUGUCCUUCCAGUGAGCACUCAGGGCUGAUUUCCUUCAGAAUGGAGAGGUUUGAUCUUCUUGCAGUCCAUGGGACUCUCAAGAGUCUCCUCCAGCACCAUAAUUCAAAAGCAUCAAUUCUUUGGCGAUCAGCCUUCUUUAUGGUCCAGCUCUCACUUCCAUACAUCACUACUGGGAAAACCAUGGCUUUAACUAUACGGACCUUUGUUGGCAAAGUGAUGUCUCUGCUUUUUAAAUGUAUGUAAAUAAGUGAUGUACAAUUCUUUGGGUGAAAGAGAGGGAAUUGAUAAAUCUUCGAUUGGUUUGAGAGCAGACUUCUAUUUGUUGCAUUUAUAUUCCAUCUUUUCUCCUUCAUAGAAGUCAAAGUGGAGUACAUGGUUCUCUUUCUCCCCAUUUUAUCUUCUCAACAACCCUGUGAGGUAGGUUAAGCUGAGAGGCUGUGACUGACCCACAGUCAUGCCUGGUGAGUUUUGUGCCCAAGUGGGGAUUUGAACCCUGGUUUCCUAGGUCCUAAUCCAACAUCCUUAACUAGUACACCACACUGGCUCUCUCCAGCCUGUUGCCUUCCAGGUGUUUAAGUCUUGUAAGAAGCUGCCUUGGUCCAUCUUGCUCAGUAUUCCUUACACUGCCUGGCAGCAGCUCUCUAGGGACUCGAGCAAAUUCCUAGCCCCACUUGGUGAUUCCAGGGACUGGACCUGGGAUCAUCUGCAGAUAUACCAAGAUUCUCUACCACUGACCAACAGCUCUUCUAGAGCUCAUAGGAUUGGGAGAUCUGCCCUGUCCCCAAACUCAAGAGAUCCGUCUGCAGAGAGGACAAGCACUUAGAAUAGAAUCAUAGAAUCAUAGAGUUGGAAGAGACCACAAGGGCCAUCGAGUCCAACCCCCUGCCAAGCAGGAAACACCAUCAGAGCACUCCUGACAUAUGGUUGUCAAGCCUCUGCUUAAAGACCUCCAAAGAAGGAGACUCCACCACACUCCUUGGCAGCAAAUUCCACUGUCGAACAGCUCUUACUGUCAGGAAGUUCUUCCUAAUGUUUAGCUGGAAUCUUCUUUCUUGUAGUUUGGAUCCAUUGCUCCGUGUCCACUUCUCUGGAGCAGCAGAAAACAACCUUUCUCCCUCCUCUUAUGUGACAUCCUUUUAUAUAUGUGGACAUGGCUAUCAUAUCACCCCUUAACCUCCUCUUCUCCAGGCUAAACAUGCCCAGCUCCCUUAGCCGUUCCUCAUAAGGCAUCGUUUCCAGGCCUUUGACCAUUUUGGUUGCCCUCCUCUGGACACGUUCCAGUUUGUCAGUGUCCUUCUUGAACUGUGGUGCCCAGAACUGGACACAGUACUCCAGGUGAGGUCUGACCAGAGCAGAAUACAGUGGCACUAUUACUUCCCUUGAUCUAGAUGCUAUACUCCUAUUGAUGCAGCCCAGAAUUGCAUUGGCUUUUUUAGCUGCCGCGUCACUUCCCUCAUGCUCGGGUACAGCCACACCGCUUUACAUAUUCCAGGGAUAGUUAAUACAUGUGUGAUCUGGUGUUUAUUAUAUUCAGGUGUAUGCAAACACAUUUAAAUAAUAAAUCCAUUGUAAGGUGCAAUUUCUUACGUUGCUGGGAGAGGGGUUGCUUGAAAGAGUCCAUCAAACUCUGCUAUCAUUCAAAAAUAUUUGUUUCAUACCUGAAGUAUUAAAAAGAAAAAUCUGAAAGGCAGUAGGAUUUCCUGGUUAUGUGCCAUUGUAUCUGAAUGCCCUGGCAGUUUGGGGUAUUGCACAAAGGAGCCGGGUAAACAGCCCUCAAAGAAAUUCUAGCUCUCAAGGCCUCUUCUCAUGAAGCAACAGCUAAUCAAGGCUUGUUGUUGUGAAAAUAGAUCUGUUCCCUGUAGGAAUAGCGCUUGCAGCUCCAGGGCCAAUCUCUGGCAUAUUCCCAACUUGAUGACAAUCCAGCUAAGAGCUAAAGUCAGUUCCCUGAUCUGAACAUGUCCACUGCUUUUCACAUUUUGUUCCCUUCCACCCCUCUGGAUUUUGCAAAGAUUUAUUAGAUCCAAUAAGGGAGAGACAAACAUAGAAGUGAAGUUAAGGCCAGUCUCUGUAGUAGUGAUGAAUUUCUAGCGACUUCAGACAAACUUGGGUGGGUUUGCACAGUCGUUCUCUAUAUCCAGACUGUUUCUCUUUCAAAAAUGUGGCACCACCAACCACACAUAUUUACACCAGCACAAAAUUAGUACAGGGGGAAAUUGCGCAAGAAGAGAAGAGCAAGAUGCAGACCAUAAAACUGGCACUGAAUGUACUGCAUACCACUGAAAGCGUGUAGGGUUGCCAUAUUUUGCUCCAGACACUAUUUUCGCUGGUUAAAUCCCGGACAUGUGGGAAAUUCUGUAUGGCAACCCUAAAAGUGUGGUGCUCAAAACAGUACAGAUAUGCACAAGAGUGGCUUGCUAUCAUGUUAUUGGGAUAUUUGUAUUGCUCAAAAUGCCUUACUUUGAAAAACCCUCAUUUUCCUGCUCCAUUUUCCUUAGUAUUUUACCUUCACAGAGGUGGUAAUACUGCCUGGACUGUGAACAUUUCACUUUAAAGGGGUUCACAUGAUGGAAUCCUGUGCCAUACAAUUAAAAUCCCCUUCAUGCUGACGAGUCAAGGGAAAAGUUACUAGUCUGGUGUUUGCCCUGAUACACUAGUUUGCUUCGUGCAGGAUCUCUUUUUCCCCCCAACAAGAAAGCUUUAAAUCAUAAAAGCUCCACUUCUAAGUAAACAGGACUGUGCAGAUUUAUUUACGGCUAAUGCCUUUUAACCCUGCAUAUGUGUUAAACGUUCCUCUUUAACCAGGCCUUUGACUGAUUAAUCUUCCAUGGCCUUUUAAAUGUGAUUGUGGGAGGGGGAGAUAUUUUGGUGUGUUUUUUUUGCUCUGACUAUUUAUUUGUGCUUUUAUCCUGUAUUUUUAUCUUGUGAACUGCCCUGAGAUCUUUGGAUGAAGGGUGAUGUAUAAAUUUAAUUAGUUAAUAAUGAUAUGAUGAUGGUGCACAGUCCUCAAAUUGCGGGUUUCCUUUUACUUAGUCUGCUUGCCUGAGUAACUUGACAGUUCGUCUGUUACAGGAAACCGAAUUCUUGUUUCUGCCUGCAGGUAGCUCUCCGGAUCCGUCCCAUCAACGCAACUGAGGUGGAGGAAGGAGCAAACAUUAUAGCUCACAGAUUAGGUGACCAGGUGAGAGGAUGGGCAGGUAGCUGCGGGUUGGAUGGGAGGAACCAUACCCCAGUGGCAAAGCAUCCGUUUGGCACGACAUCUCCAAAUAGAGAUGAAAAUGCCCCCUGUUUGGAACACCAGUGGAAACAGAAUGCCAUAUGUACUAGAUGGGUCUUUGCCUGAUCCACCAACCUGACUCUUACGUUAUUAAAUAGCCCCAGAUUCAACCCCUGGCAUCUCAGGUAGGGCUGGGAAGAAUAUUUUGCUUAUUAAAUUUGUAUCCCACUCUUUAUCCAAGAAGAUCAGGGCAACAUACACAGCCACUCUCCCCUCCAAUUUUUUUACCCAGUGAAGUAGGUAAAGCUAAGCAGACAUGACUGGCCCAAGGUCGCAAAGGAAGCUUCUUAAUUGAGUUGAGAUUUGAACCUGGCCCUCCCUGGUCCCAGUCCAACACUAACCACAAUGCUCUCUUUUAAGAACAUCACAUUUAGAAAAACUGAGCAAAAUGCAUGCAUAUUUGCAAACCCAGAUUACAAUUUUCUGGUUGCAGAAUUUCAUAUGCAGGAAUUCAUAUGCCUCCAGGAAAGUCAUGUUGUGUGUGUAUGUGUGUUCCUCCGUUUAUUAGUUAUUGCAUCCUUUCUCCACCCUGCCCUUCUUUCAAGAUAGCAACACAAGGUAACUCACAACUCAGAAUACACAAUGCAGAAUACAAUAUUAAAAGAUACAAUAAAAGCAGCCUGAAAUAAAAGAUGAUCCAUCAGCAAUAAAUGAUCAACACCAUCUGCCCCAAAAUCAACACCAGCUAAGUCCCAGGAGGUACAAAAUCCAGGGAGUGGUUGUUCCAGAGUGUUCCUGUUAUGUCUGUUAAAUUAAUUUUGGAGGAACCAAUGAAAAUUCAGUGUUAGUCUUUCAAACACUAUUGGUCUAUCCAUGCAUGAACAGAAUAUUCCUUGAACCUUGCACACACAUGCAAACAUUCAUACUUUUGCCUCUUUCACUGGCUACGUUCUAGGUGCAGAACACUGAUUUCAGUCCGCACUAAGACUAGCAGGCAUGCAUUGCUGCUAGUUGCCACCAGCCAUCAAAAACCAUUGAAGAAACAUUUUCUACCCACUGGUGCCCAUUGAGACCUACAUAUAGCUGUUAACUGUGCAAAGGAUUAACGACAAGACCAACCUCCUAACGCAGUACUGAUAUUCAGAGCCAGUGUGGUGUACCAGUUAGAGUGUUGGACUAGGAUGUGGGAGUUCAAAUCCCCCACUCAGCCAUGACUUAGGGCUAGUCGCUGCCUCACAGCCUAAUCUCCCUCUCAGGGUUGUUUUGGGGAUUAAAUGAGGAGUGGGGAAACUAAGUAUGCCAUCUUGGCUCUUUGGAGAAAAAGUGGGAUAUAAAUGAAAGGAAUAAAUAAUUUGGUGGCUGCUUUCUUGCUUCUUCCCAUGUUUUCAUUGCUGCUUGGCAUCUGUGCUCUAAUUUGUUUCUGUUUUAGAAGGGCAUAUAGUUUCUAAUCUAUUGCAAACAGUUCCCUAAUUAUGCUUUUAUCCAAGUUGCUGCCAAACUUUCUCUGGAGCAUUGGGGCAAAUGGUUCCUUGAAGCAGUCCCUUGAGGCUGAAUGUGGCUUCUCCUGAUGUUUUUUCAGCGGAGGGAAAGGAAUAUAUUUUUCCUUCAGCGUUGUUCCGGUAUACAAGUGGGGAAAAUUUACUCCCAGAAGAAUCCAGAGAAACUAGGCCUGAUCUUUAACUUUCCAUUUAAGAAAUCAAACUUCUAUUUUCAACUAUGCAUGGGACCAAGGUCACGUUCACACCAUGCAUUUUAAAGAUGUCAAGAGUCAUGGCUCCCUCCAAAGAAUCCUGAGAAUUAUUAUUAUUAUUAUUAUUAUUAUUAUUAAUACCCCACCCAUCUGACAGAGUUUCCCCAGCUACUCUGAGCGGCUCACAACAGAAUAUUAAAAACAUGAUAAAACAUCAUACAUUAAAACAGGGCUGCCUUCAGAUGUCUUCUAAAAGUCAGAUAGUUGUUUAUUUCCUUGACACCUGGUGGGAGGGCGUUCCACAGGGCAGGUGCCACUACCGAGAAGGCCCUCUGCCUGGUUUCCUGUAACCUCACUUUUGUAGCAAGGGACCCGCCAGAAGGCCCUCGGCACUGGACCUCAGUGUCCGGGCAGAACGAUGGGGGUGGAGACGCUCCUUCAGGUAUGCUGGACCGAGGCCGUUUGUAAAGGGUGUGUGGAAAGUUGUUAGGAGGUCCCUAACUGAAUUAUUAAGAAUCUGGGAAGCGGGGGUCAGUCUGGAUGAUAUUAUGUGGUCCUCUGUAUGUGUGACAGAAUCCAUAAGAGGAAACCCACCAGACCAGUUCCUUUGUAAAUGGAAUGGUUUUGGCUGGCCUGUGAUUUACAUGUCUAAAAAGCUUGCCACAGAGACAAAUGUGUGGGCCUUUUCUUACCUGGCUGGAUGCCACAUCGCCCUAAAGUGAAGAACAAUAGCCCAAGUUGGGGUUGCUGUCUGAGUGAGCUGGCUAAAAGCUGGAGAGACAAAGACAUGUUUGCUCUGUCCUGGAAUUCCCUGGAAACUUAAUGGGGAGGUGAGAUCAGUUGCAGUGUUAAUGCUGUGAGCCCCUCUCCAUCCUAUGCUCAGGUUGUAUAUAUGCGUAAACAAAACCAUAUAUCCUAAAGGCACUGCAGUCUCCUGUGACCUUCCUUCAAAGGAAACCGAAUCCCUGAGAAUGGGGUUGCUUGUAGUAUUAUAAUUCCAAGCACCGUUGCUUAAAGCAUUUAAUCCUUCACACAUUGCAUUAUGAAGACACUGAGAUAGGGUUCUUUGAAGGAUUUUUUACAUCAGGCCUUCAUCUCUUGACCCCCCCCCCAAAACCCCCUUUUUAAACUUUGUUUUCAACAGUACCCAAUAGCUAAGAGUAAGCCCUGACAAGGAACCUGUGUGUUCCACCCCCUGAAAGCUGACUAAAUGUGCCCCUAUAUAAAUUAGCAUGUGCAACUUUUAUGCGCAUUUGUGUCAUGGCUCUGUAUCCCAAUUCUUCUAAGCAGUGCUCCAGCUUUUGAGAUUUUGCAAUCAUUUCUUACCUCUUUAGGACAAGGUGUCCAUUCUAAAGGGGAGUAAUAUGCAAAAAUUACCUCUUUGGGGUUCAUAAUGCAUACUUCUUCAUGGAAACAUUUUGAACCCAGUACCAAGCUACUAAUUCCACCCAAGGGACCCCUGACAAUUAGGUCCAGUCGUGGCCGACUCUGGGGUUGCGGUGCUCAUCUCACUUUAUUGGCUGAGGGAGCCGGCGUACAGCUUCCGGGUCAUGUGGCCAGCAUGACUAAGCCGCUUCUGGCGAACCAGAGCAGCGCAUGGAAAUGCCAUCUACUUGCACUUUGAUGUGCUUUCGAACUGCUAGAUUGGCAGUAGCAGGGACGGAGCAACGGGAGCUCACCCUGUCGUGGGGAUUCGAACUGCCGACCUUCUGAUUGGCAAGUCCUAGGCUCUGUGGUUUAAUCCGCAGCGCCACCGGGUAUUAGGCACUUAAACUGGAAAUGUGGUAAAUGGCUGUGACUGUUCGGGCAAGCUAUUGCUUUUUGCCAGUCUUCACCAACUUGAUGUCCUUGAUAAGUUUUGGAUAGCACCUCCUACCCAGAUUGGUGAAGACGGCUUUUCAUAAACAUUAAUAGGCAUAUGGCAACAAAAGGAGAUGGUUCUACCCUGGAGACUUAGCCUGUGUCCAGCCCUAUCCCGGGAGCACCAGAUUCAGUGCUUGGAGUUAACAGCUGGUUCGGCUCUAAACUGGCACCAUCACUAUACUUGCCCAAACUAAAGGUGUGAAUCCAUUUCUCCAUAACAGAUGGUGGUUUUGAUGGAUCCAAUGGAAGACCCAGAUGACGUUUUGCGAGCUAACAGGUCCCGGGAGAAGGCAUUCAUCUUUGACAUGGUGUUUUGCCACAGGGCAACCCAGGUAAAAUUAGAUUUCCCAUCCAUCUCUUAAGCAACCUGGAUGCCAUAGGCAGGGCCGGGACAAAGGUGUUCUGUCACCGAAGGCAGAGGGCAAGGUAUAAAAUCUGAUUAAGAGCUUUAGAGGCCCAGAGCACUGAAAUGAUUAUGGGGGGCAGGGACCAUAUGUAAUUCAAAGCAAAAUGCCAAACCGUCAAAUGAAAUUUUGUUUUUGGAAAUGGCACAAAACUUACAUGUGUGCUGAAACAUACAUGCACAUAUGUGAUGUGCAACACAUGACAGGAAUCCAAUCUACAUUAGUGGGGACCCCCCCCCCCCCGGUUUAAGCAGGUAUAAGUAAUAGAAAGGGAACAGAGAAGUUGGGGAGGAGUGUGGAGAGCAGUGUAAGGAAAUCUAACAAACCUCUGAUCCCUCCCAAGAUGACUCCAUUGAUGCUUUUGUUUGAAAUAUCAAUUGCCCAAUUAUUUUUAAUAACAAUAAAAAACCUUUGUGCAUAUGUGUUCCUGUUUCGCUGGUGUCCUGAGCACGUGCCUAGUCUGCCUGCUGGGUAAUCCUGCACUGUGUCUAUUGAUCUAAAACAAAUCUGUGCUGCUUCAGCAGCUACACUUUGGAACUCCCUGCGGGUUCCUUCACUGCAUUUGUUUUUGGUGCCUGAUAAAAAACAUUCUUGUUUAGACAAGCCAAGCCAAAGCAUUAAAAAUGCGGAUGUGAAUUUUAACCUGCUUUAAACUUUUUGUAUGUUUUAUAAUAUUUUGGUCUUUUUUGCUUGAUGUUAUUGUUUUAACUUUUUGUGAAUGAACCUGAGGGUUGUUGUCCCCCCCCCACACACAACCAAGCAGUGCAUAAAUUUUAUGAAACAAUACACAAGCAAGCAAGCAAGCAAGCAAGCAAGCAAGCAAGCAAACAAACAAACGUGUUAGAAGCAUUGCAGGAAGUUGGACUAAAAUACCCUCAGGGUCUCUCUCAGCUCUGCAAUUCUAUGUUUCUGUGAAAUAGCUUUCUGAAUUCUAAUUUUGAAACAGAGAGAUAUUUGUGGGGAAGGAUCUCUCUACCUCCAUCUCCCUUGUACAUUUGCUCUGAACAUUUUCUCUUAGCAAGACAUGAUCUGUUUGUAUUCAUCCUGAAUCUUCUGUCUAACUCACUGGGGACGGCAUUACCAAAUUCUAAGCCCGAAGCAGAGUUGAGAGCUGGAGAUCUCCUUGGGGAAUGAAUGAGGUCAUAUUUUCCUUGCCUGUUCGUUCUACAGGUUUGUUCUACAGAUGUAUGUGCUGAUCUGAAGCUUGCCCUGUUAGGCCAGGUUGAGCAAUUUCGUAUCCACGCCCCCUUCCUAGGGCUAUGGGGAGCAGGUGUGAGGGCUCUGACAGGGUCCUAGAAUCUUCCUCCCAUCUUGCUACCCACUUGGUAUUCUGGUUUUACUGGACUCCAGUUCCCAGCACACAGAAUGAUGGGAGUUGGAGUCCAUCGUCAUCUGAAGAUUCACAGAUUCCCCUCCUCUGCAUUAAGCUCGAUAUGAAAGCUUGAUCUGCUGCUCCUUAUUGUUCCUAGGAGGAGGUGUACCUGUCCACAACAAAAAAUCUCGUCGAAGGAGUCAUUUCUGGCUACAACACUACCAUUUUUGCAUAUGGCCCCACAGGUAAAGUGGAGGGUGAGAUACGCGAUGUUGGUGUCAGAGGUGGGCAUGGUUGGGCAAUGGCUAAAAGAUUGCAAGGUAUUCUUCCAUCCCCCAUUCAAUCAUAACCCUGGAUGACCUCCAGCUGUUAUAUGGGAAGAUUCUAAAGGAGGUUUGAGAGGAGAAUUAAUACAGAAAGCCUCUCAACUGGAAAGAAAAUCUAAGAACUAACCAAACAGCUGAUUUAGAACAAGAGCACAGAAGAGCUUGUUCCCCCAGACUACGCAGAAAAAUGGAAACGAUAAGAAAACAAUGACUAUCGUAAAUUGUGCUCAGGUGGAAAGAAUAUUUGAAAUAUUAAAAACGAUGAUAUUUCAUAAAAGGCAACAAACCUGAUAUACUGUUAGCAGCACAAAUGAGAACAAGAAGAAGGUACGUGGUUAAAAACACUCAAGCCGGAGUGUGGCACUCAAAUCAGAAGCGUAACACUCAAAACUGAGCAUGUUCGGCUUCCGAAAAAAGUUCGCAAACCAGAAUACUUACCGUACUUCCAGGUUUGCAGUGUGUGGGUUCCAAGUUGUUUGAGUACCAAGGCAUCUGAGAACCAAGGUACCUCUGUACUGUAAUACUGUUAUGACAGGGUGCAGCAAAAGGGCAGCAAACAAAAUCACCAAGGAAGACGAGGUGGGAAGUCGACCAAAAAAAUAAAUAAAUAAAAAUUAGGUAUUGGAGUGUAUAUGUGGAAAUUUUUCCUUUUUCUUGAAAUUUAAUAAAAUAUUUUUUUUAAAAAAAAUGUUAGGGACUCGUUUUGAGGAAUGGAUUGGGAGUGGAUUGAGCCUUUCAGUUUGUGGGCUGCAUCAAAGAGUUGCAAGUUGGGAAUUAGAGUCAUUUCCAAAAUGUUUGACUUUCUUACACCCCCCCUCCCGUGUUUUCAACCAGGUGCUGGGAAAACCUACACUAUGCUGGGGACGGAUUCUGAACCCGGCAUUUAUAUCCGUACCCUCAACGACCUCUUCAGAGCUAUAGAAGCCACCAGUGGGGACAUGGAUUAUUCCGUCUGCAUGUCGUACCUGGAGGUGAGAUGGCUAGGCUGUGAGCCAUCAGAGGUGGAUCUGAGGCAGAAGGGCCUCAAAGUGACUUCUCAAGGUGGAGACACCUGCUGGCAAAUGAGGGGCUGUGGCUCAUCUGCCCCACUUGCAGAAGGUCCCAGGUUCCACCCCCAGCAUCUCAAGAGACUCCUGCAUGAAAUCUAGGAGAAAGGCAGUGUAGACCAGGCUUCCUCAAACUUGGCCCUCCAGAUGUUUUGAGACUACAAUUCCCAUCAUCCCUGACCACUGGUCCUGCUAGCUAGGGAUCAUGGGAGUUGUAGGCCAAAAACAUCUGGAGGGCUGAGGUUGAGGAAGCCUGGCAUAGACAAUACAGUCAUACCUCGGGUUGCGAACGCUGUGGGUUGCGGACCGCGCCAAACCUGGAAGUACCAGAAUGGGUUACUUCCAGGCUUCGGCGCUCGUGCAUGUGCAGAAGCGCAAAAUGAUGUCAUGCGCAUGCGCAGAAGUGCCAAAUCACAUCACGCACUUGCGCAGAAGCGCCGAAUCGUGUCACGCACGUGCGUGCGGAGACGUACCGCUGCAGGUUGUGAACAUACCUCCCGCACAGAUCACGUUUGCAACCUGAGGUAUGACUGUACUGAGAUAGAUGAGUCAGUAUACUGACUCAGUAUAAACUUCCUGUGUUCUAAGUGGCAUCACUUAUGAAUGGAAAAUCCAAAUGGCCUCCAUCCCUUCUCAGUGACACCACCAGGAACACAUUGCAGGUCACCCCUGUGGCUCCUGGGUGUCAGGAGCUGCCCACCUAGGCUAUAACUGGGGACCCCCAGCUGCCUCGUGCAGUGAGCCCCCAAAGCUACAGAACUGGAGAGACUCCCUGCCUGGGCAGGCUGACCAUUGGAACCGUUCUCUCUGCCCUAAACCCAUCUCUCUCCUUUGUUGCCCUUCCUUUCCCUUUUCGAAGAUUUAUAACGAAGUCAUCCGAGACCUUCUGAACCCAUCUUCGGGAUUUCUCGAGCUGAGAGAGGACUCCAAGGGGAGCAUUCAGAUUGCAGGGAUAACGGAAGUCUCCACCACUAAUGCACAGGAGGUAAAUUGGACUGGCCUUCAGUGUGGGAGGGAAGAAUGCUAGAGCUACAAUUCGCAGAGUGACUGAAGAAGAAGAAGGAGAGUUUGGAUUUGAUAUCCCGCUUUAUCCCUACCCUAAGGAGUCUCAAAGCGGCUCACAAUCUCCUUUCCCUUCCUCCCCCACAACAAACACUCUGUGAGGUAAGUGAGGCUGAGAGACUCCAGAGAAGUGAGACUCGCCCAAGGUCACCCAGCAGCUGCAUGUGGAGGAGCGGGGAAUCGAACCCGGUUCACCAGAUUACGAGUCCACCGCUCUGAACCACUACACCACACUGAACAAUCAAUCCCUCUCCACAGGGAAUUCUGGGAAUUGUAGCCCAGGGUGGGUGGUGGAAUAAGAAUCUCCUAAGAACUACGAGCCCCCCCCCUUUCUUUCCAAAUUUGGCUCACUCCAAAAAACAUGGUCGCACAACUUCCUGACCUGAUCCAUGGCUGAUCCUAGCCCUCCGUCUCCCCACUCACAUGGCUUUUGCUAGAUCAUGCAGCUGUUGACGAAAGGGAACAAGGAACGGACUCAGGAGCCUACAGCAGCGAACAAAACCUCUUCGCGUUCCCACGCAGUCCUGCAAGUGCUGGUGAAGCAGACGAGUCGGGUGAAGGACAUCAACGAGGAAGUGAGGGUGGGAAGGCUUUUCAUGGUGGACCUGGCCGGGUCGGAGAGAGCAGCGCAGGUGACCUUGACUACUCCCUCCUCUAUCUUGUAAUAAACGAAAACCUGCCCUUAUUCCCUUAUGGGGGACACAAGAGCCCUUUGCAGGUUUUCCAUUGGUCGGAGGCCAACCAGAGAAUAUUGAGAAGCAAAGCAGCUCGUAAGCUUGAUCUUUAUUGAACUGUUGCAACAGGGUGCCCCCUUCACACGCAGGAAAGGAGGAGGACCCAGAACUCAGGUGUGCCCACCCUUAUAUACACAUUUUUAAUUGCCCACCCUGGAGUCCAAGACCACCCCCAGACACAUCAUACCUACAUCACAGAAAGGGCGGUCUACAACAGAAAUCUGAGUGCGUUGUUUACCUCCUGUCUGGCAGGUUACCUGUUAAUGCUUACUUGAUUGGAUACCCUGGGGAGCCUUGGCUAGUCUUUUGUACUGAUAAAUACUUAGUUCCUGAGCCAGGUCACAGGCUCACCCUAUUCAUACACAGACGUACCCUUAAGACAGGAUUUGUGAAUGAGAAGACAAUGGGGAGGCUUUUCCAUUUCCCUUGACCUUGCAGAGAAAUCAUUUGGUCAGUUUGGGAGUCAAAAUGGUUUCCGGGCUGUUUUCCUGUGCUGCUUCAGACAUGUGGUUUAUAUAUUUAUGUACGUGUUUGCUUGGUACAUUUAUGAACAUUUAUUAUAUAUAUAAGACCUUAUUUUUUUUAUUUCAACCUCCCACCCACCCCCCAAUCUGUUCACCUCCCAACUGCAAUGACUCCGCUUCUGGCCUAGAAGUCAUUGAAAUAUAGGGUCGGAAGGGACCCCGAGGCUCAUCUAGUCUAACCCCCCUGAAAGGCAGAACUCUUUUGCCCAAUGUGGGGCUCGAACUCACUGCCCUGAGAUUCAAGGUCUCGUGCUCUGCUGGCUGAGCUAUCUGAAAAUCCCUUCUUUUCCCCAUUGAAAACAAUUGAUCCACUGCAUCCUUCACAGACACAGAACCGGGGCAAGCGAAUGAAGGAGGGUGCCCAUAUCAAUCGGUCGCUGCUCGCCUUGGGAAACUGCAUCAAUGCGCUGAGUGAAAAGGGGGCCAGUCGGAACCAGUACGUCAACUUCCGAGACAGCAAACUCACGCGUUUGCUGAAGGUACUGCCGCUUCCCUGCUUGGGGGAAUUAGAAAGUCUGUUCUCAAACUUUUUCCUCUGGGCCAGGCUUUCGGAAUAAAAAUCUGCUUGCCCCACGCCGAAUUUUCUAUCGGUAAAAAAUACACUGGAGAACGAAAAGCAGUGCUUGAUUUAGAAGAAAGAUUACAACUACUUUAUAACGUGGUAAUGGGACAUAUAGAAAGUAUAAAACAAUGGAGCUGCGUAAGAACAUGAAUCAUUCCCCAAAUAUAAUUAUAAACAAGCCUGUUACAUAGGUACCUGAAGUAUGUGUACAGGGCUCAAUGAGAACUUGCUUUUGCUGUGUGAUCUCAUUUAUGUUAGGUCUGAUUUGAGACAAACAAACUCUGAUCUCAUCAACACAAAGAAGCUUUUCUCUUUCCCGAUGUUUCAUAUUCGUCAGGAAAGAUAUUUUGAAUAUCUUUGAGUAUUCUGCAAAUAACAAAAAAAAUUUGGAUACUGUACUGCACUUACAGUAAAUGUUUCUUUGAUUGUCCUUGAAUCUGCCCACCACAAUCUCCAUCGUCUCCUGCCACACCCUUUGAGAGCCACUGGCAUAAUGAAUCCAGGCAACGGAGGCAUCUCACAAGUCCUGCAGAUCCCUAAUCUCUUGUGACAGAGCGUUCCACCAAGUCGGGGCCAGUACUGAAAAGGCCCUGGCCCUAGUUGAGACCAAUCUAACCACCUUGCAACCUGGGACCUCCAAAAUGUUGUCAUUUGUGGACCUUAAUGUCCCCUGCGGGGCAUACCAGGAAUACUUCAGGAAUGGAGCAGAUUAUUGCUUAUAUAUGAGAGUCUUUAACAGCACUGCUUUCAGAGGGCUGAGCUUGGCCAGCCAUUACUAGCCAGCUAUAAAUGGAAAUGUCACCCAUGUAGGACUCGCUGGGAGGUAACAGCAGAACGGUGAUGAUUGCUCAUGUCAGCCCGGCCAGCACCUCCUUUGAAGAAUCUCGGACCACCUUGAUCUAUGCUUAUCGAGCAAAAAACAUCAAAACUAGGGUAAGGCGCUCUGUUCUGCUUCCUGCUUUUAAAAACUUAGGAAGUUUAGGAAGCUCCUGCAGCCAAUCGGAAGCCGUGCCUUGGUUUUCGAACAGUUCCAGGAGUCGAACGGACUCCUGGAACACAUUGUCAACCAAGGUACAACUGUACUUGAUUUUCAAUAGAAGAGAUAACUCUUCAUUUGCAGCUGCUGUUUGCAUCAGGUAGUAUUUUAAAGAUCUACAUUGGCUCCCAGUACGUUUCCGAGCACAAGUCAGUGUUGGUGUUGACCUGUAAAGCCCUAAACGGCCUUGGCCCAGUAGACCUGAAGGAGCGUCUCCACCCCCAUCAUUCAGCCUGGACACUGAGGUCCAGCGCCAAUGGCCUUCUGGCAGUUUCCUCACUGUGAGAAGUGAGAUUACAGGGAACCAGGCAGAGAGCCUUCUUGGUAGUGGCACCCGCCCUGUGGAACACCCUCCCAUCAGAUGUCAAAAAGAUAAACAACUAUCUGACAUUUAGAAGACAUCUGAAGGCAGCCCUGUUCAGGGAAGUUUUUAAUGUGUGACAUUUUAAUGUAUUUUUAAUCCUUGUUGGAAGCCGCCCAGAGUGGCUGGGGAAACCCAGCCAGAUGGGUGGGGUACAAAUAAUAAAUUGUUGUUGUUGUUAUUAAAACUGGAUGCAUCACCAGGUGUUCUCUGCCCUGGCAGGUGAAGCGCAACCUCCUCAACGUCUCAUACCACAUUGCACAGUACACCAGCAUCAUUUCGGACCUGCGCCGGCAGAUCGAAUGCUUGAAGGCGAAGCUGGAAAAUCAAGAGAGGGAGAAGCGCCUUCUCAGUCCUGCGGUCAAAGAUGUCCAAGGCAGAGGAGAUGGAGGUGGUUGGGUUGUCCUCUUCACUGUCUUGCUCCGUCCAGUAGGGCUUGCUUCUAGGACGCCCAGAAUUGCACACUAAGCCUGGGGUGGAGAAAACUGUGGCACUCCAGAUGUUAUCAGACUCCACCUCCCAUCAGUACCAGGCAGCAGUGGUCAGGAAUGAUGAGAGUUGUACGUCCAACAUGGAUGGGUUGCGGCAAGUUCCCUCACACCCUUAGCCCUUUCACUGGUCUUACAGAUUGUUGUCGGAUUCCAACUCCCAACACCCCUAGACCAUGUGGCCAGUGAUCAAACCAAACCAAACACUUAUUGUCAUGUUCAAUGACCAGCAUUUUGUGACAAUAAUUUUAUUAAUUUUCAAUUAUAAUCCAAUAAUAGCCUCAUUAUAACAAUACCAAUUUAUAAUGCAAUCAAUAACAUCAAUCAUUCAAAUACCAAAUUAUAUAAUUUAGAUAAGGUGGGGCCCCCACAUGCUAGAAUUGAUGGUUUGAUUAUUUUCUUUAUUUCUGUGUUCCAAAAUCUUCAUGAUUUCAGUUACAUUCCAGUCAUCAUAAUAAUCCCUUAUACAACAGCUGCAAUAUUUAUAACUUCUAUUUGUGUGGACACAUUAAAUGAUUUAUAAAACUACGGGUGAGGCAAUGACCAGGAUUAAGAAAAGAAUAAGAAGCAGAUGUGUCUAUAAUAGGGAAAAAUAAUAAUAAAAUAAAACAACUAAAUGUAGCAUAGAAUCAUAGAAUUGUGGAGUUGGAAAGAACCCAAAGGAUCAUCUUGUCCGAGCCUACAAGGCAGGAAUCCCAGCUAAUGAGUGAAACAAAACAGGCACCAUUUUUUUAAAAAGUUGUUGUCCUGUCACCAACUCCAAAGAGAGAAAUUCCAUGAUUUCGGGUCCUGGCAGAUUUUGCCUGCUUCAGCACAGUACAUGCCCACGCUGAGAGUGAUAGAUGCUCUUUGAUCUGAAAGGAUUAAAAGGAACAUAAGACGUUUUUGAUCCUCCUGGCAGGUUUCGUAAGAGGGGCUUGAUAAAGGUUUAGCACAGGUGUUAGUAGAAGGAGCACAUGGGGUCCCCACUGACCUUUCCAGAGUCUCAGGGACACUUGUGUUUGGCCAAUGGCCAAGGUCCAGGAAUGACAGGAGUCAUAGGGCAGCAACAUCUGGAAGGCUUGGGGCUUCUUCCUCUCUGCCCUGGGUGCUAGAAACACUCUUAAAAAAUAAAAGGAUGAUGGAAGCAGAGGUGGGAAAGUGCCUGUGCUCUUGUUUUCCCACAGCGGAGGCUCCCCAUGACCCUGAAGAGUACAGCCGUCAGCAGAUGAACAAGUUGCAGGAACAGCUGGUCGGGGCUUUCAAGGAGCAAAUGGACAUGAGACGCAGCCUGAUGGAGCUGGAGAAGACAGACAUGGAGCUGCAUGUAGACACCUCCAGGCAUCUGCUAAUGAUUGCUGAGUGAGCUGAGGGACUGAUGGGCAACUGUGCUUUUGGGGGGGGGUCCUCUAAGGUGAAGGGAUGUGGGUGGCACUGUGGGUUAAACCACAGAGCCUAGGACUUGCUGAUCAGAAGGUCGGCAGUUCGAAUCCCUGCAACAGAGUGAGCUCCCGUUGCUCGGUCCCUGCUCCUGCCAACCUAGCAGUUCGAAAGCACCUCAAAGUGCAAGUAGAUAAAUAGGUACCGCUCUGGCGGGAAGGUAAACGGCGUUUCCAUGUGCUGCUCUGGUUCGCUAGAAGCGGCUUGGUCAUGUUGGUCACAUGACCCGGAAGCUGUACGCCAGCUCCUUCGGCCAAUAAAGCGAGAUGAGUGCCACAACCCCAGAGUCAGCCACGACUGGACCUAAUGGUCAGGGGUCCCUUUACCUUUACCUUUUACCUCUAAGGUGAAAAGAACUGGGUGGUAUUAAUGAUGCACCUGUAAAGGGUGGCUACUUAUGCCCCGCCAAAGAGACAGAGAGAGAGAACUGCAUAAAAUUGUCUAGUGCAAAUUUAUAUGAACAGAUGUAAAUAUAGAUUCAGGUAGGUAGCUGUGUUGGUCUGACACAGUCGAAAUAAAAAAUAAAAAAAUUGUCCAGUAGCACCUUAGAGAACCAGGCAGAGGGCCUUCUCGUUAGUGGCACCUGCCCUGUGGAUCGCCCUCCCAGCAGAUGUCAAGGCAAUAAAAAACUAUUUUACUUUUAAAAGACAACUGAAGGCGGCCCUGUUUAGGGAAGUUUUUAAUGUCUGACGCUGUAUUGUUUUUAAUAUUUGGUGGAAGCCACCAGGAGUGGCUGGGGAAACCCAGCCAGAUGGGUGGGGUAUAAAUAAAUUAUUAUUAUUAUUAUUAUUAUUAUUAUUAUUAUUAUUGCCUAUUAUUAGAGACCAAUUAAGUUUGUUCUGGGUAUAAGCUUUCGUGUGCAUGCACACUUCUUCAUGCACACGAAAGCUUACACCCAGAACAAACUUAGUUGGUCUCUAAGGUGCUACUGGACAAUUUUUUAUUUAUUCAGGUGCAAAUAUAGAAACUGUUACUACUAGCAGGCUCAUGCCUGGCGUUGUUCAGGAAUCCCGAGGAACCAAAAUUAAUAACAGUAAUCAGCGCAGGUGGUUAAGAAAGGUGCGGUCCAACGUCUUGAUUCAAAAUGGCACUCUGUGGUAUCCAAACAUGGACAAAAAACUUGCUCCCUCAUCUCAGGAACCGUCAUGCAAAAUGUGGUUAAGAUAUCAGAAGCAAUGUCCAAAUGCCCAGCAAACUGGGAAACAGAAAGCUUUCCUUAAUAUAUAAAAAGGUAAAGGUACCCCCUGACCGUUAGGUCCUGUUGCGGACGACUCUGGGGUUGCGGUGCUCAUCUCGCUCUAUAGGUCGAGGGAGCCGGUGUACAGCUUCCGGUCAUGUGGCCAGCAUGACUAAGCCGCUUCUGGCAAACCAGAGCAGCGCACGGAAACGCCGUUUACCUUCCUGCCGGAGCCGUACCUAUUUAUCUACUUGCACUUUGUGCUUUCGAACUGCUAGGUUGGCAGGAGCUGGGACAGAGCAACGGGAGCUCACCCUGUCGCGGGGAUUCGAACCUCUGACCUUCUGAUCGGCAAGCCCUAGGCUCUGUGGUUUAGACCACAGCGCUACCCACACCCCUCUUUCCUUAAUAUAUAGUAGGUAAUAAUUUGAUGGAAAUACAGUCUCAAGGUUAGUGGGCCCGGCUGGGAAGAGGUGAGCGGUGUGCUUGCUCACCUUUGCUUCCCAGGUGUUCACUAUGGAAGGGCAGCUUCAGGGCUCCUGCUUGAACCAGGCACUGCAGGCUGUUUUUGGCCCAUCAAGGGAUUCAGUUAAUCCACAAGGCCAUUUCCCCCAGACCACACACAUCAGAUGAAGUCACUGGCGACAUCAGCUACUGGGUAGGAGGACAGGGUUCAGUCCUGCACUGGCUACAUGGUCCUGUUCCCAAGCAAGGAACAAGGUUACACAGUGAAGGCAGCAAGAUUUAAUCCCAGACUCCCAAAGUGCAAACAUCCCUGCAGUUACCACCUUGCCUUUAUAACAGAAGUUCCAGGGGUUGCGAAAGUUCUUGGGUGAACACUAGAGGGCACUGUAGCCUCCGAUAAAGGAGGCUGCCCAAUUACUGGGAGUCUUGAUAAUAAUCAUGCCAGGAGAAAACUUUAUUUAUUUAAACUUCUAAUACACUGAUUUUUUAAAAACAAACAAACAAGCAAACGAACAAACCUGAAAGCAGUUUAUAAAGACAAUGAAACAAUAACAUCAUUAAUAAAAGUGAUUGAAAACAACUAUUUUAAAACUAUUUUAAAAAAUUAAAAUUACCAAUAAGCUCAAAAAUGGAUUAAAACACACACCAACAUGUCUGAGCUGGCUUGUCUAAAGAAAAAUGUUAUUUUUUCCUGGCAAGCACCAAAAAGAGUGCCUCCUGAUGUCAAUAGGCAGGGAGUUCCAAAGUUACGUGCUGCUGCCACACUUAAAGAUUGAUUUCUUACAAAUGUAGAACUGGUGUUCUAUAGCUCCCGGUUCCACAGAUGGAAGCGUUCAAGGGGGCAGAUAUGGGGCAAUGCGAUCCCGCAGGUAAACUGGUCCUAAGUUGUUUAGAGUUUUAUACACUAAUAGGCCUUGCCAAGGUGUAAACGACCUUAAUCUACCUGUCCUUUGUUUGUAGCUGGGAACAAGAAAAGGCCCACCAGACUGACAGGUAUCCCAGCAAGCAGCAGGUGGGCGUGAAAGACGAGGAAGCCAUGGAGGAGGCAGAGCCAGAAGAAGAUUCGCCAGAGCCUCACGAAGUCGUGGUAGCCAAGGAGGAGAUCAGCAUGUUCUUAUCUGAGCAGCGGAAAACAGCUGUCUUGAAGGUAAUGCACUGCAUCUCUCUAUGAAAGCCAUUGUUGUCUCGUGAUGGGCCAAACCUGAGGCUGAAAAACAAGUGUUUGUUUUUUUUUAAAAAAAGAUAUGCAUGUCUGGAAAUGAGAUUUUUAAUUAGGGAUACUCCUGGAACCUCACUGUGCUAGAGUCCACACUUUGUGGUAAGUCACUUGGAGGUCUUCUGGUCACAAGUGACUAAUAAGUUUAAUCAGUACUACUACUACUACUAAUAAUAAAAUAAAUGGGUUGCUGGCCUGAUCCAGCAGGCUUUUCUUAUGUGGCCUUAUUUAGGAGCCUGAUUCACGGCAGGGGACACCUCUCCCCUUUCUAAUUUAGGCAGACCUGGAGCAGCGCCUGGCAAAUGCCAAAAAGAAGGUUUUGCAGAUGGAGAAGCUGCUGCCUGAGCAAAUCACCAGUGAGGACCAGAGGGAAGUCCUGAGGCUCCUUUGCAAAGCCCAUGAGCUGGAAGUCGGGAAGACCGAGCUGCAGGCCAACGCCUUGCGCAAGGAGACCCUGCUGUGCCAGAAGGACUUGGUCAUCCACAGCCACCAGCAGCACAGGCGCCUCUGCGGAGAGAUAAUCCAGCAGCAGCAGCAGCUGAUAAGGGGUGAGUGGGCGGGGCCAGAGGCCAAAGUGGGCGGGGCCCUUACCUGUCGGACCAGAUUCCAGGUACACCAAACACAGAGGUUUCUAGGAAGGACCACACGAGGAAGAGGCUCUUGCCCAGCCCUGGUCUCUGUUGUGUUUUACAGAGGUUGUGGGCAGUCCUGGGGUGCCAUAGAACCACGGAACUGGAGAGUUGGAAGGGACCCCUAGUGGCGUCUAGUCGAACCCUCUGCAGUUUAGGAAUCUCAAUUAAAGCAUCCCUGACAGGUGGCCCUCCAACCUCUGUGUGUUUUAACAAACUUUUUUGAUAAAAAUAAUGGAUUACUGAAUAUAAUUACUGAAAAUAAUUACUGAAUAUUUACAGAUAAAUUGUAAACAGAUAAGAACAUUGGCAGGAUCAUUGUAAUAACCUGAAGUUUUAUAAGAGUUUUAAAGUAGAUAAAUAAAUGAGCAAAUUAAGUGAAUUUGGAUAUGCAGAAGAUAUUGAAAAUAAUUUUUAGGAACUACAGAAAGAGGGGGAAGGAAGUCGAGUUUUGAAAUGUUAAAAUGAUUUUAAAAUGAAUGAAAUGUAUAAACCUGAAAAGCAUAAAUCAAAUUUUUGAAAGAAAGAAAGAAAGAAAAUGUUGCCAAUAGUCCAUUUGUGAUACCUCAUUUGUCUACAGUAUUAAGCCUCCCUUCUGGAAGGACCCAAUGGGAUAUUUGUUGCUAUCUUACACUGAUUGCCCAUCUUUCUUCCACGCUGGUGCCCAUGCGGUCCCCAUCCAAGGGCUCUUCACCCUCAGCAGAAGAGGACAGUUGUUUGCCACCUGAGGAACGGGUCCCUUCUGUGAGAAUGUUUCCCUCUUAACCAGAGCAAACAAGCGUCUUCCAUGAGGCUGCCCUUCAGAUAUUUGGAGAUGGCUGUCGUAUCACCUCUCCAUCUUCCCUUCUCCAGGCUGUACAAACUCAGCUCCACGCAACCCAUCUGUUUUUGCGCCCUCACCUGUGUAAGCUUCCUUCCUUUUCUCCAGACCACAACAUCCCUGUUCCAGAGUCACUGGGAAAACUGUACCAGCUGCAUAUCCGUGAGUCGGAGGAAGGGACCCUGGGCCGGCUUCUGGCACUUCACUCCCUGAUGUCUGGAGCGCUCCAGGUGAGGCAGAACUAUCCUCCCUUUUCUCAAAAUAGGAACAGGGACUUAGGAAGUUGCCCUCUACAGGGACAGGACCAUAGGUCCAUCUGGCUUAGUACUGUCUGCACUGACUGGCAGCAGCCCUCCAGGCGUUCAGGCAGGAGGCUCCCCCAACCCCAAACUGAAAAUGCCAAGGGAUUGAACCUGAGUCUUCCUGUGUGCAAAGCAGAUACUCUGCCAUUGAGCGAUGGUCCUUCCCCAUACCUCACUCUUCUCUAGGGAGGAAGGGAAAACAAAACACGGGGCUGCCCUUGAAGCUGUCCCAGAAACUCCAGUGGGUGCAGAAUGCUGCAGCAAGGCUCCUCACAGGGUCUCUGCCAUGGGAGCAUAUUCACCCAGUGCUUUACCAAUUGCACUGGCUCCCAGUGGAGUAUCAGGUCAGGUUCAAGUUGCUGGUUUUGACCUUUAAGGCCCUUUGUGGCUUAGGGGCCUCAUAUUUAUGGGUCCACCUCUCCUGGUCUGCCCCGCAGAGGACCUUGAGGUCCAUGAAUAACCAUAGUUCAGAGGUCUCUAAGGAAGUCAGACUAUACUCCCCCAGGGCCAGGGCCUUUUCAGUGAUGGCUCCGACCUGGUGGAAUGCUCUGUCCCAUGAGACUAGAACCCUACAGGAUUUAAUCUCCUUUCUGUAAGACAGAGCUAUUCCGCCUGGCCUUUAAUUUGAAUUCAGCCUGAUCUUUUAUUUCCCUUUUCUUCCCUCCCCCUUACCCGCUCUGGGAUCCCACUAAUUCUUCCUUGGUCUCCUCGCUGGCCCAAAUAGGACUAAUUCAGCCAGCUAGCCCUGGUGAUCAUUUAAUGUUUAUUGAAUGGAUUUCCCCCCUAAAUUGAUUUAUGAAUUCUGAAUUUAUUGUUAUUCACAUUUUAUACUGUAUUUUAAGCUGUUUUUUGUUGCAUCAAUUAAGUGUUUUAAGUUUGUUGUUAGCUGCCCUGAGCCCGGUUUUCUGAACCGGGAAGGGCAGGGUAUAAAUAAAAAAUUAUUAUUAUUUAUUAUUAACCUGGGGCCAGUUGGUGCAAAGGUAGGGCAUGCUGGAUUUUCCAGCCUUCACAUUCCAAAAAUGAGGGGUGCUAAAAACUUGUAGCAUGAAUCGGGAACUCAGAAGAUACUCUGAUUAAAUUGCUUUUGCUUGGUAAGUAAAAUGUGUGUAACAUUGCAUUAAAAUGAUUGCCACCUAUGGUCACACCAUCAAAGUUGAACGGAAUCCGUUCCGAAAGUCCAUUUGGCUUCCAAAAUGUUUGAAAACCAAAGUGCGGCUUCUGAUUGUCUGCAGGAAGCUCCUGCAGGCAAUCAGAAGCCGUGGAAGCCCGUCAGACAUUCAGCUUCCAAAAAUAGUUAGCAAACCGGAACAGUCACUUCCGGGUUUGCGAUGUUUGGGAGCCAAAACGUUCGAGAACUAAGCUGUUCAAAAACCAAGGUACGACUGUACUUGCAGUUAUAUUGUUAAUUCAUUUAUUAUUAUUUAGCAUCGCCUGACAUUAUCAGAAGGGGAAAUUAAAAUCCUUUGGUUUUCCGAAAGCAGUUUCUGUGCUGCUUCAUCAAACAUGGACUUACCAAGCUAAAUGUUGCCCAUUCACAAGAGCAAGAGCAGAUUUGAAUUCUUCACACCCGAGAGCGUAUUUUUAAGACCCCCUACUGAAGAAAUUUUCAAAAAUUAAGUUCCACCCCUGAAAUGACAUGCCCUAGUACACGGAUAUCCAACAGGUCGAGCGGUUGAGCACUGGUUGUUAGAAGUCAAUCGUGGGGUAAUUUUUGUCUGUGUCACUGCCCCCCCCUUAAAAAUGGUUGACAAUUUCGACCUUCCUCCCUAAGAAAAGCUCAACAACUUUGACCUGAACCACCUCCCAAAAGGUAGACAAUAAUGUCUUCCCUCCUUAAAAAAAGCUCAGAAACUUCUUUGACCUACCCUCCCAUGGGUAGAUCACUGCCAGUUUUUCAUUCUGUGAGUAGAUCACAAUCUCCCUGCCCUAGUGUGAAGGAUCAGCCUGAACCAGCCUUCUGGCAGCUGCAUGCCAUUGGUGGGUGUGGCUGCCCCUUUUCCUGUCUGUCUAUGUGAUGAUCAGCGAUUUGCCACUUUAUCACGCUGCCAGCCUGGGUCGAGACGUUUCGCCCCUGGGCCUAUGCCAGCACAUUGUCUAUUUUAUUUCCCCCUCUUUUUACUGCUAAAAUGGGCUCUUAGAGGGCCAGGGGUGGGGGAAUGCUCAGAGUGGUUUGGGUUUAGCCCUACCUGUUCUAGGACAUAGCUACAGUUGCCAGGGAAGUUGUUUGAAGGGGUAAAGAUUUUUUAUAUUUCAUUUUACAGUGUAUAUAAAACAGAGAGAGGGGUUAUAACAACAGCUAAAAAUUGUAAGAUGAAAGACAGAACAAUGGAACAGGCGGAUGUGGAAUGAGUACAAUUGUACAAAAUAACAAAAAAUGGAAGCAGCUACAGUGGUGCCUCGCAAGACGAAAUUAAUCCGUUCCGCGAGUCUCUUCGUCUUGCGGUUUUUUCGUCUUGCGAAGCACGGCUAUUAGCGGCUUAGCGGCUUAGCGGCUAUUAACGGCUUAGCGGCUUAGCGGCUAUUAACGGCUUAGCAGCUUAGCGGCUUAGCGGCUAUUAACGGCUUAGCAGCUUUAAGAAAAAGGAAACAAACUCGCAAGAACUCGCAAGACGUUUCGUCUUACGAAGCAAGCCCAUAGGGAAAUUCGUCUUGCGGAACGACUCAAAAAACGGAAAACCCUUUCGUAUAGCGAGUUUUUCGUCUUGCGAGGCAUUCGUCUUGCGGGGCACCACUGUAUCCACCCAGCUAAAAUCUGUGAUGGGAAAGUAGUCGAUUCUAGAGUGCACAUCCAUCAGGUUACAGAGAUUUCCCCCUCUUGUCUUCUUUCCCUGAUAGGAUGGCUCUGCUCACGAUAACGUUCAGCCACUGGAACUAAACAAAGAAGAGAACCAAAAAGGAUUGCUGGAGCGCAAGAAAGAUUUUGUUUGGGGGUCAAAAUUUGAGCUACCCCCAAUUGUUGUGGAGUCGGACAGGUACUUGCCUUCUUUACAAAGUCCUCUCUGGUCCUCCCCCCACUGCACUCUUGCAGUCAAACACCUCCCUCUGGGAAGGGCCUGGGGCUCUUCUGACACAACAGCCACUCACAGAAAUGGCCAAUUCCCUGUUUUCCAUCUGAUUUUGCCUGGGCUCAUCCGGUGUUGUCUGCCUAAUGAGUCAGCAGGGUUGGGUUUCCUGGCCGUCCAUCUCUCCCUCUCUCUUCUCUCGAUGUUCUUAGUGACAGCUACAGAUCGUCUAAAAACACCCCGGCCAAAAGGAGCCAUGACUGGAGCCACACCCCUGCUUUGGCCGACUUGCUAAGAACUCCUGUUCGCCAACAGGUCAGUUGGUCAACAUCAUCCUCUCCCUUUUGUAGCACUGACAACAACCCUCUGGGAGGUUAGACUGCAAGAGAACAUUGGGCAGCCAGCAUUGCCAAGCUUCUAGUCCCUGGGGCACAACAAAGAGAGAGGGCUGUUGUCAUCAGGCCCUGCUUCUAGGUUUCCACAAUGGCUGCUUACUGUCAAAUAGCCAUAUUUCAUUUAACCCCCUUUCUUGAACAGGGCAUCUUCACAACAUGUAACUGGAUAGCUUUGGUCAGUAGAGCAUGAGACUCUUAAUUUCAGGAUCAUAGAUUUGAGUCCCACAUGGGGGCAAUAUUCUUGCAUUGCAUGGAGUUGGACUAAAUGACCCUUGUAGUCUUUUCCAACUCUACAGUUCUCCGUUUAGCAAAAUAUUUCCCUCUUCUUUUCCCCCUGUUCAGUUUCUCUUUUUUCUGCUUCCCCUCGAAAGUUCAAUAUUGACUAUAUUUUUUAACUCAAUGAAACACCUGUUCACUUUCUCCAGGGAUAGAGGAUCCAGUCCACUGAUAUUCUGGUCGGAUUACGGCCCUCAUGGAUUACUUAGCCACUUCUGCAUCAGGGAUAGGGAGCCUGUGGCCUUCCAGAUGUUGCAAACUCAAACUCCCAUCUGCCCCAGCCAUCAUGGCCAAUGGUCCAAGAUGGUGGGACUUGGAGUUCAGGAGCAUGUGGGUGGAGAGUGACAUAGAACAUUGUUCUAAAUUGUGCUCCAGCUAUUUUAUUUCCUUCCCUGUCAUCUGUCUCUCUUCUUUAGGGAUCAGAUGUGGUGCUUUUGUAUCCUCCUCUCUCUGCCCCAGUUGCUGCAGGGUAGUCAUGAGCAGGAGGGCAUGGGAUGGAGGUGAACCCUUAACACAUAAACAUUUGGGUCUGGGGGAUAGAGGCAGUUCCGUUCUAGAAAUGGAUGCUAUUCUACGUCGUGCCAAAAGCUCAGCAGCAUCGUCUGGCUCCUGCCAAAUCAUGCCGGACUUGGUGGGCCUUUGGUCUGAUGCAGUGGCCAAACUCUCCCAUGUUCUUAUGCUUCAGGGCUCAAGGGGAGCAGGCGAAUGGUCCAAAACAAACAAGGCUGAAGCCUCAGAGAAGCACGGUCAAAGCCCAAGAGGGGUCAAGACCCAAGGGAACAGGACCUUAGGCAAAGUCCUCACACCAGAGACAAGUUGCUUGGGAUGAGGAGCAAGCCCUGAAGCUAAGCCUUUUUAUAGUGCCUGGUGGACAGGGAUUGGCCCUGGAGGGUCAGCUGACCAGGUGCUUAGGCAGGGCGGUACUGCAGCCUAGAUGGCACUGUUGAGGCACUGAGCUCAGUGUUGUAGCGGAACUGCCUUUUGCAUUGAAAUAUUUGCUGAGUAAUAAACACAGAGAGCAAAUGCUGAGUGUUGCUUCCUUUGGUUUCUAGAAGGUGACCUCAGGCAUCCCUUUGCGAAAGGUGGCCUCCAAGCUACAGACCCCUCCUUCCCGCGACUCCGGUUGCAAAAAGUCCGACGAGGACAUCUCCAGCAGCUCUCUGAGCCAGGAAGCUUUGAGGGAGAUUGCCGAGGGCACCAGACGGAUUGCUCUGAUUGCCGCCCGUCGCCGUUCCCGAGCUCAGGACAGAGACCCCAGUGGGGAGGUCUCUUCCAUCCAUGGUUUUGAGGAAGGGACUCUGGAGCUGCAUCCCAGCUCCCCUCCGGGGCACCUCUUGAAGGAUACAGAGAGCGUCCACGGCCUCAGCAUGGAGCCCCAGAGAGAAAAACGGCCACAGCACAAGGCUCAGAAGGAGCAGCUCUUGGAAUGGAAAGCCGGGAAGAAGAGAUCGCGCUCCCUUGACCCUACCUCCCCCAGGGUAUGUCUGCUUUGGGGGGAAAUGGGCGUAUUUGCAGGUCCAUUCGGUAGAAAAAUGAGGCAAAGGGGGAGAGCAGGAGCUGAAUGGUGUCUGCUAGGGAUCGUUCCAGUUGCUGUGUACUCUGCACCGCUACAAUAGCCACCAGCUUUGUGCUUCACACAGGCCAAAUUCUGCGCCAUGAAAAGCGAGAUUCCGCAACAUGCAUAAAUUAGGCAAUGAAGCACAUGCACGUGCUUCCAAUUCGUUGCACAGUUCUUUUCUUGCUCUUUUGCACCAAUUCUUCUUCACACUCGUUUAUGGAAGUCGAAUGGAAUCCGUUCCGGAAGUCCAUUCGACUUCCAAAACGUUUGGAAACCAAAGCACGACUUCUGAUUGGCUGCAGGAAGCUCCUGCAGCCAAUCGGAAGCCCCGUCGUACGUUUGGCUCCCAAAAGUAAUUCGCAAACCAGAACAGUCACUUCCGGGUUUGGGAGCCAAAAUGCUCAAGAACUAAGCUGUUUGAAAACCAAGGUACGACGGUAUUAACAAGGAGAAAGGACAAGGACUGUACUGUUUAAGCUGCAGAGUAGGGAACUCACAGUCUGCUGAGGCUUCAGAUUCUGCAGGUGUUUUGCAUUCCAACUUUUAAACGCCUGCUGAAAACAUUUCUGUUCUGCCAGGCCUGUGCAGGCAAUUAAGAAUACAUCCUUCCACAAUGGGUACUUGAUUUUUGCUUUUCUAGCUUUUUAACAUGUUCUUGCUGUAAGGCUUUAUGUAUUUUUGUUGUCAUCCACAGUGAUUUUUUAAUGCAAUAGUAAAGGUUAAAGACCCCUGACAGUUAAGUCCAGUCGCAGACGACUCUGGGGUUGCGGCACUCAUCUCGCUCUAUAGGCCGAGGGAGCUGGCGUUUGUCCGGAAACAGUUAUUCUGGGUCAUGUGGCCAGCAUGACUAAGCCGCUUCUGAGGAUAUCAGAGCAGUGCACGGAAAUGCUAGUGGUCUAUAAAUAUUUUUAAUAUAUAAAUAAAUAAACAUGUGGAGGGCCACAGGUUCAACAGCCCUGAGUUAACGGCUCAAUGGCAGAGCAAAUGUCUGACAGGCUGAAGGAGCCAUAUUCAGUCCUAGUGCCACCGUUUUUCAUUUUUAAAAAGAUAAUGUUGCUGGUGUUGGAAAAGCCCCCUGCCUGAGAGACAACUUUCUCCCCACCCCACCACCUCCUUGUCCUGUCCUGCAGGCUCCCCAAGUAAAGCACCGGGUUCCUUCCAGCCAUGCAGGUGAUGGACCAGACGUUCAGCUGCCCAAAAUCAAGUCACCCGAUGUCGUCAUGAGCAGCCUUCCCCACAUCCUUCCAGCUGCCACAAAAAUAAAAUUCUCUGUUGGCCAAGAAACAGGUAAACCGUCACCCGAUGGAUCUCUUGGUGUUGGUCUAGGCAGCAGGCCUGCUCAGAAGUAAACCCCAAUGGAUUUGAUGGAGUUACUCUCAAACUGGUAUAGAGGAUCCCCCUCUCUGUAAUAUAGUAAUAAUAAAAACAUAGUAAUAAAUUAGUGAUGGGCGCUUCUGUUUCCGCAUUUACUCUCUCUCCUCUUCCCGUUCCUCUCCAGAAGAAAACCCCUUGCAGAUUCUGGCUAUCAGCAGCGCUGCCCCCAGCACCAUCCAGCAGAGCAACGCAGGUCAAAUGCGAGGGCAGAUUCUCCAGAAGCGGGUCAAAGGUCAGUAUGGGGGACUAUGAAUGGGCUGGGCAUAAAACUCCAAACUGCACAAACCAUCACCAUCAGGAUCCAAAGGUCUAGAACCUUUCCCCCUUCCACCUAAUUAGUGUGUAGGAUUGCCCUGCCUCCUUCAGGAGGGAGUUCCCUAAACAGGGUGCCACCACAGAGAAUGCCCUGCCUUGGGUCACUGCCUUGCCUUCUAGGCAGACCAUCAGCAGGAACUCUCAGGCAGAACCUAGGGCUUGGGGUGGUUGGUACUGGGGAAAUAAGUAAUAGCUGAGCGGCCUCUGGUUCAGGAUCAGGAGAUUUCUCCCAAUAGCCCCCUUCUUUUGCACCCAGGACCUGCAGAGAACACCAGUGGGCAGAAAAAGCAGCAGCAAGUCCCCAACUCCAAGAACCCAGCAAAGACAAAAUAAAGGCUAAUGGGAAAUGGGAAAUGGCUCCUCUCUUGCCGCCCAGAUGCAGACGGGUUCUACUCUAAGAUGCAUUUAAGAUAUUGGCAUUUGUGGAUGAUGAGAAUGAAUGUUUAGAUUAUUGCCCACAGAUCAUCUUGUAGCAUUGGGCUUUCACUUAAACUGUAUUCAUCAUGGUUUAUAUUUCGCAUCAGCUUUGGUUUUUGUAAACCACUCUGCUAUAUUAUGUGUGGUGUCUAUAAAUUUUGCAAAAUGAUAAAUAAACACAAUCAGGACAUGGAGCAC